UUGACUACAACCAUCAGAUCCGCCAUGUCGUCGCGGGUUGGCCUGGCAGCGUGCAUGAUUCUACAGUUUGGGCCUCGUCUUCCCCUGCUCGCCGCCCGGACAGCUUCUUCGAUGCCAACCAAUACCAAGCCGGCGACUCUGGCUUCGCUUUAUGUUUGCGCAUGCUCACGCCCUACCGGCUCCCCUACGCCGCCGAAAGCGGCAACAACGCAUUUAACACUGGACAUGCAAGCCUCCGUGUGGUAUGUGAGCAUGGAAAUGGAAUCCUCAAAGGCCGCUGGGCUAGCCUGUCGUGUCUUCCAGUAUUCAUUCGCCGGUCCGGCGACGUCAAGAUCGUGUGCGAUUGGAUUUUGGCCUGCUGCGUCCUUCACAAUGUGGUAAAUCUUCGAAAUGGCGAAGAUCACGUGCCGUUGUUUGUUGAAGAAAUCCGUCAAGGCAAUAUAUCCGAUUCCCCAGUUGUCGAGAGCUCCCUCAUUUGGCGUGAAAAGAUUAAAUCCGAACUGCUGAGCUAUUUAGGAUUGAAUUAAAUUCAAGCAAAAUUAGUUGAGUUGCAA